AUGAACUUAUCAAAACAGAAAGAUGAGCAAGCAAAUCUAAGAGCACAAAAACAAAGGCUUGAAUCUGAUAGAGACACUCUUGAAAAAGAAAGGGUUGACCUGGAGAAAACUAAGACAGAGGUGGCCAGAGCAAAAGAAGAUCUUGAAAACCAACUUAAAUCUCAGACUAGACAACAUGAAAUGCAACUGGUGGAGAUACAGAAAGAGAGGGAGAUUCUUGAGCAGUUGACAAUGAACUUAUCAAAACAGAAAGCUGAUCUAGAAAAAGAGAGGGAUCAUAUUGAGAAGGAAAGAGCAGACAUCAGUUUGAGAGAAGAACUGAAAGAGCAGAGUGAAAUGGAAGGAAUUGACCACAGUAGGACAAAGAUAAAGAGAGAAAUGGAUGAACUGGAACAAACAAGACUUGAUGUGACUAAAGAGCUGGAGAACAAUAAACUACAGAAACAAAUGAUUGAAGAUGAGAGAGAUAAGGUUGAGCAAAUAAAAGCUGAGCUAAAAAAAGAAGCUGAAGAUACUGAAAAACAAAGGCGAGAUUUAGAAAACAAUAGACGGAAUAAUGAAGAAAUGAUAAUUGAACUUCAAAAUGAAAAGAAAGAUAUAGAGAAAGCAAUGGACAGGAUCAGAGAUGAGGAAGCAAAUCUAAGAGCACAAAAACAAAGGCUUGAAUCUGAUAGAGACACUCUUGAAAAAGAAAGGGUUGACAUGGAGAAAACUAAGACAGAGGUGGCCAGAGCAAAAGAAGAUCUUGAAAACCAACUUAAAUCUCAGACUAGACAACAUGAAAUGCAACUGGCGGAGAUAGAGAAAGAGAGGGAGAUUCUUGAGCAGUUGACAAUGAACUUAUCAAAACAGAAAGAUGAUCUAGAAAAAGAGAGGGAUCGUAUUGAGAAGGAAAGAGCAGACAUCAGUUUGAGAGAAGAGUUGAAAGAGCAGAGUGAAAUGGAAGGAAUUGACAACACCAGGAAAAGGAUAAAGAAACAAAUGGAUGAACUGGAACAAACAAGACUUGAUGUGACUAAAGAGCUGGAGAACAAUAAACUCCAGAAACAAAUGAUUGAGGAUGAACGAGAUAAGAUUGAGCAAAUAAAAGCUGAGCUAAAAAAAGAAGCUGAAGAUACUGAAAAACAAAGGCGAGCUAUAGAAAACGAUAGACAAAAUAAUGAAGAAAUUAUAACUAAACUUCAAAAUGAAAAGAAAGAUAUAGAGACAUCAUCAGACAGGAUCAGAGAUGAGGAAGCAAAUCUAAGAGCACAAAAACAAAGGCUUGAAUCUGAUAGAGACACUCUUGAAAAAGAAAGGGUUGACAUGGAGAAAACUAAGACAGAGGUGGCCAGAGCAAAACAAGAUCUUGAAAACCAAAUUAAAUCUCAGACUAGACAACAUGAAAUGCAACUGGUGGAGAUACAGAAAGAGAGGGAGAUUCUUGAGCAGUUGAAAAUGAACUUAUCUAAACAGAAAGAUGAUCUAGAAAAAGAGAGGGAUCAUAUUGAGAAGGAAAGAGCAGACAUCAGUUUGAGAGAAGAACUGAAAGAGCAGAGUGAAAAGGAAGGAAUUGACCACAGUAGGACAAGGAUAAAGAAAGAAAUGGAUCAACUGGAACAAACAAGACUUGAUGUGACAAAAGAGCUGGAGGACAAUAAACUGCAGAAACAAAUGAUUGAAGAUGAGAGAGAUAAGGUUGAGCAAAUAAAAGCUGAGCUAAAAAAAGAAGCUGAAGAUAUUGAAAAACAAAGGCGAGAUAUAGAAAACGAUAGACGAAAUAAUGAGCAAAUGAUAAUUAAACUUCAAAAUGAAAAGAAAGAUAUAGAGACAUCAUCAGACAGGAUCAGAGAUGAGGAAGCAAAUCUAAGAGCACAAAAACAAAGGCUUGAAUCUGAUAGAGACACUCUUGGAAAAGAAAAGAUUGACCUGGAGAAAACUAAGACAGAGAUAGAAGAUCUUGAAAAACAGCUUAAAUCUCAGACUAGACUAUAUGAAAUGCAACUGGUGGAGAUACAGAAAGAGAGGGAGAUUCUUGAGCAGUUGAAAAUGAACUUAUCGAAACAGAAAGAUGAUCUAGAAAAAGAGAGGGAUCGUAUUGAGAAGGAAAGAGCAGACAUCAGUUUGAGAGAAGAGUUGAAAGAGCAGAGUGAAAAGGAAGGAAUUGACCACAGCAGGACAAGGAUAAAGAGAGAAAUGGAUGAACUGGAACAAACAAGACUGGAUGUGACUAAAGAGCUGGAGAACAAUAAACUCCAGAAACAAAUGAUUGAGGAUGAGAGAGAUAAGGUUGAGCAAAUAAAUGCUGAGCUAAAAAGAGAAGCUGAAAAGACAAAACUAGAAUUACAAAAUGAAAGACAGAAGCUUGAAGAAGCAACCACAAAACUUAAGAAAGACAGGGAAAGUGUGGACAGUCUAGCUGAGGAACUUGGGAGGAAACAAGUGGCUCUAGAAAACAUGGAGAUAGAAACAGAAGUGCAAAGGAAGGCAAAUGAGUCUAAUAAACAGAUGCAGGAAAGAGUUCUGAUUGAGCUGAGAAAAACUGUGACAGAUAUAGCAGGAGCCAAGGAGGAUCUGGAAAACGAGCUUGUUGAAGAAAGAGAGAAAAUCAAGAUCAAACAGGCGGAAAUACAGGCAGAAAGAGACAUGCUAAGACAGAGCAUUUCAGAGCAACAGGAUGACAUUGUGAAUAAGAGCGAACAACUGAGACUGAGAGAGGUUGAACUUGAACAACUCCAAGCUUUGAUUUACAGACAGCAAGAUGAAAUAGAAGCCAAUAGAAAAGUGAUCAUAAAUGAAAAAUACAGACUUGAAGGACAGAAAACUGAAAUAGACCAACUGCAGAGAGAAAUCAAUCAAAUGAUGGAGUACGCAACUAAAGAAAGGGCAAAUCUCGAGAAAGAGAAGUCUGAAAUGAUAGCUCAAAAACAUCAAAUGGAUCUUGAACUGAAUAAUGAAAAGGGAUUCAUUGAAGAAAAAACCCAAAUGCUGAACACAUACGAGAAUAAAAUGGACCAAAAGAGAAAAGCUGUAGAGGGAGAGAUGAAUGAGCUUAAAUAUCAAAAACAAGCAACUCAUGAAGAGAAGAACAAGUUAGAACAGAUGAAAAUUGAGCUGCAAAGAGAAGCUGAUUAUAUCAGAAAGCUAAAAGAAGAGACAAGAACUGAAAGACAGAGUUUGGAAAAGAUGGCAGAAAAUCUUCAAAAAGAGAAAGAGGAUCUUGCUCAUCUUGCUGAAGAUACAAAGAGAAAGGAUGAUGAAAUAAAAGUGUUACAUGAAUCUGCAUUAGCAGAUAUACAAAAAGAGAAACACAAUCUUGAGCAAAUGAGAGAAAGCAUGUUCAAACUAACUGAAAUGAUUGACAAUGAGAAAAAGAAAAUGACACUCAGAGAAGAUGAACUACAGCAAAUGCAAGCAGAGAUUUACAGACAACAAACUGAAAUGGAAAACAAAAAGAGCAUAAUUGAAAAUGAAAGAGCAGCAAUGACCAUGAAAAACCAGGACAUGAUGACUGAGCUGACAAAGCAGUCUGAAGAUGUUGAGAUCCAGAUGAAGGAGAAAGAGACUCAGAAAGUCUGA